CAUUCCACCAUGGCGGCCCUGGAGGCCGCGGCCGCUGCCGCCCCCGGUUUGCUGGGCGUUCUAUGGCUCCUGUCUGUGACCGUGAGCGCGGGGCCGUGGGGGGCAGCGGCCGCUGCCGCGGGGGGCGACGAGACGGUCAAGUGCGAGGACCUGAGAGUGGGACAAUAUUUUUGUAAAGAUCCUGAAAUCAAUGAGGCUACCCAAGAACCUGUUAACUGUACAAAUUACACGGCUCAUGCUUCGUGUUACCCAGCGCCCAACAUAACCUGUAAGGAUUUUAGUGGCAAUGAAACACAUUUUACUGGACAUGAAAUUGGUUUUUUCAAGACCAUCCCUUGCCGUAAUGUGUAA